GCCAGGGGCAUUUUUCAUUAAUGCUAUCCGAACCAAACCUGCCUUUCCAGCUUUCCAGGACACUGCAGGAGGGAUCAGAUAGGGAAACACUGCAUGAUCCAAGCUAGAGGAACAUACCGCAUCAGGAAAACCCGACUCUUAAGUCAUGUCACUCUGUUUUAGGAUGCCAAAGUGUGAACUAGAGCUGGAAGUUUGACUUGGAGGAAGUGGAAUGGGCAAGUUGGACUAAUAAGUGAAAGAGGAAUACGGGCAGAGAAUUGCUGCUGCUGCUUCUGUUGCUACUGCAGUACCACUAGGACCUCCAAACGUUACGCUCUUUCCGCCUUCAAAGGUUAGCAAACUUCCUCCCCCACAUUCCUUAAAAGAGAUUGCUCCCCUGCCCUGCCGGUCCUUCUUCUCAAGGGGUGCUUUGCUGAGUUCCUAAGCCUCCCUUUCGAAAGUGAAGAUGUCUUCAAAGACUGGAGGAAGAGGCUUCGGGAGGGAAGCUGUUCAGCAGAUCCUGGCCGGCGGCUCAGCGGGUCUUAUAGAAAUCUGCUUGAUGCAUCCUCUAGAUGUGGUGAAAACCAGGUUCCAGAUUCAGAGAGGGUCAGCUGAUCCAAAUAAUUAUAAGAGCUUGGGAGAUAGCUUUCUCAAAAUUUACCAUACAGAAAGGUUGUUUGGGUUUUACAAAGGAAUUCUCCCACCCAUCUUGGUUGAAACACCAAAAAGAGCAGUGAAGUUUUUUGCCUUUGAACAAUAUAAGAAAUUACUUGGAUAUGUGUCACUGUCACCAGGAUUGGCAUUUGCAGUUGCAGGAUUGGGAUCUGGACUGACAGAAGCUAUUGUGGUUAACCCUUUUGAGGUUGUAAAAGUUGGUUUGCAGGCCAAUCGGGACACAUCUGCAAAGCAACCAACCACUCUGAAUUAUGCAAGACACAUCAUUAAAACGAAGGGUCUGGGACUCCAGGGACUCAACAAAGGACUCACAGCUACUUUAGGACGGCAUGGCAUUUUUAACAUGGUUUAUUUUGGAUUCUACUUCAAUGUUAAAAACAUAAUUCCUGUCAAUAAGGAUCCAACCUUGGAGUUUUGGAGAAAAUUUGGGAUUGGACUUCUCUCUGGCAUAACAGCUUCAGUCAUUAACAUUCCUUUUGAUGUUGCCAAAAGUAGGAUUCAAGGGCCACAACCAGUUCCUGGAGAGAUCAAGUAUAUAACCUGUUUUAAAACAAUGGCAACGAUCUAUCAGGAAGAAGGGUUUUUUGCUUUGUACAAAGGCUUGCUUCCCAAGAUUAUGAGGCUUGGACCAGGUGGUGCGGUGAUGCUUUUGGCUUAUGAAUAUGUAUAUUCUUGGCUUCAGGAACACUGGUGAUCCAAGUACUGCCUAUGAAAUCUUUUUUUUCCCUUUGAGACAAUGGACAUUUGCUUUUAUAACACAGUGAUCAGAGCAGAAUCUAAUAUUAAGGUUGACAAACUAUAAAAGAGAAAGCAACUUUCCUCAAGAACAGACACAUUUAGAAAUUAUUUUAAAAUGUCUCUGGAUAUAUUUUAAACUGUAAUUGUGAUCAUGUCUUCUGGACCAUGGAGAGAAAAGUAAUCUAGAGCAAAUUGUAAUCAGAAUGGGGGAAUUUUCAUAUAGAAACCACAUUCAAAAGAAUGACUUGAAUGAAUUCUAUAACAUUUUGAUGCCAUACUUCAUAUUUUAUCUUUACUGUAUCAAUAAAACAAAGUAACAAAAUAUGGACAAGAAAUUAAGUAAUUUUGUUACCACUUUAAACAGUGCUCAGAUGCCUAGAUGAAAAACAAGGUUUUAAAAUUUGUUUAAAUAUUCUUUAAGUAGUUAAAUUCUUAAAUAAGUAGUUUAAUUUUUAAAGAUGCUGUGAAAAUGUUUCAAGA